AUGAUGUGCCUCCGCCGUGACUGGGGGUCCAACAUCUCAACCAUUGCCCUCAAACUCCUGAAAAAAGGCAUUCCGUUCAAGACACUGCAGCCCAUGGCAGUUUCUCCUCGCACUCGGCGCCCACUCAGUGAACUUCGUACAUACUCGCUCAGAUACUUCCGCCCCCCCUUCAAGGCGGUUUACACAGAUUAUAUUGUGUACGAGCAGUAUCACCAUGAGUUCAUGAAGGAGGAUUGUGCACAAGCUGCUCUUCUUCGCGGCGGGAUUUUAUGGCGGCUAGCAUUACAUAGCCUUGGCUCCAAUGUCCUCCCCUCGGCCCUGAUCGGGAUUUCACAGGAUGCUGUCCCAUUUGGACAAAUGUUGUCUCUCAAUUGCAAGACUCACUUCGAUGAUGAUUUGUCAGAAGAGGAGGUUGAUUUCAUUUGCGGGACAUAUUAUGUGUACACAAAUAAUGGAUGCAUUGAAAAAUUGUCUUGGUGGCCAAGGCCUCGGGCCUGGGCUGGGUCAGGGUUGGACGUGGGGUUCUGGUCUGCUCGAUGCGAAGGCUGGUUUCAGACACGCCUUGAAAACAUUCGUCAAGUGAACAACACGCGUUUGAAACAUGGACUCAAGUUCAAUGGGGCAACAAAGAAAUUCAAGAAGAACCUUGACGUGGCAUGUUCUGACUUUCUCACUAUGAAAGCAAGUGCCUUCACGGACAAUUAG